UCGUGGGCGUGGCCUGUCUAGGGUCUCUCACUCUCUCUCUCCAUGGCGAACCGCCGAGGAGCGCCUCUGCCCACGCUCCGGCUCCGGCGGCUCGCCCGGCCUCCGAUCUCGCGCUGCGCGUGCCUGCUCGUCACAUCCACGGCGGCCCUCCUCGUCCUCUCCCUCCACCAGAUCGCCCGCGUCGACCUCCCCAGCCCGUACCCGCCCCUCCAGGUGUCAAAUGAUCAGCUGUGGGGUUCUAAUGGCUACGGUUAUCAUGCUUGUGUCACACCAACCUAUAAAUAUAUUGCUCCAAAAGAGUCGGACCGCUAUAUGACUGUUAGAAGUAAUGGAGGACUCAACCAAAUGCGAACUGGAAUCUGUGAUAUGAUUGCAGUGGCCCGCUUGGUGAAUGCAACACUUGUUAUUCCUCAGUUAGAUAAGCGAUCUUUUUGGCAAGAUACCAGUACAUUUAAAGACAUCUUCAACGAGCCUGGUUUUAUUAAAGCUCUGGAAGGAGAUGUCCAUAUCGUCAGUGACUUGCCUGAAAGUUUGCAAUCUGCCCCAAGAGCUCGGAAGCACUUUACUUCAUGGUCUGGUGCAAGUUAUUAUGAGGACGCGAAAGAACUUUGGAAGGAUCACAAGGUGGUCCACAUCCCGAAAUCUGAUUCACGGCUUGCUAACAAUGGUCUUCCGAUUGAUAUCCAGAGACUGAGAUGCCGCUGUCUUUACCAAGCAUUGUGUUUUUCAGAUCCAAUCGAGGACCUUGGAAAGAAGCUUGUGGAGCGUCUAAAAUCACGUGGGAAGUUUAUUGCUCUUCAUCUGCGAUAUGAAAAAGAUAUGCUAGCAUUCACGGGCUGCACUUAUGGUCUGAGUGAAUCAGAAGCAGAGGAGUUGAGAAUCAUGAGAGAGAGAACAAGCCACUGGAAAGUGAAGGACAUAAACUCAACUGAACAGAGAUCUGGAGGUAAUUGUCCACUGACUCCCAAGGAGGUGGGGAUGUUUCUACGCGCGAUGGGCUAUACCAAGUCCACGUGGAUCUACCUUGCAGCUGGUGAAAUUUAUGGCGGUGAUAAGUAUAUGUCAAAAUUGAAAUCGUACUUUCCAAACUUGGUUAGCAAGGAAGUGCUAGCGACGAAAGAAGAGCUUGAGAAGUUUAAGAAUCAUGCUUCUCAAGUUGCAGCCCUUGACUACAAAAUUUCAGUGGAAAGUGAUGUGUUUAUUCCAUCACACUCUGGUAAUAUGGCAAGAGCUGUUGAGGGCCAUCGUCGAUUCCUGGGUCAUCGUAAGACCGUGAAUCCUGAUAGGAGAGGAUUGGUGGAACUCUUUGGUUUACUUGAAAAGGGGGAACUUAUGGAAGGCCCCAAGCUGUCUUCACUUGUUACUGAAAUGCAUAAAUACAGGCAAGGGGCUCCAAGAAAGAGAUAUUCUUCCUUGCCAGGGAGCAAGGGCAGAGCACGUGCUAGGACAGAGGAAUCAUUUUAUGAGAACCCAUUUCCUGAGUGCAUCUGCUUGACUGGGAAGCACUGAAGCGAUGAUGUAUAGCCUUGUUUCGUGACAUAAACUCACCAGCUCAACCUGCAUUAGUGAUUCUAUUCGGCCAUUUGAGCUCUAGUGAUGCCUUGAAAGGUUAAACCAGACUGAUACUUGGCAGGGUGAUCACACAAGUCAAGGGCUUUCUUUCAGCGAUCUAUGUCCAAGAACCCUAUAUGUCCGGAUGGAGGGCUGACAAGUAUAGUGAGGCAACUGUAGGCUGGCAAGUAUAUUUCUAGUCAGAGAUUUGACAUGUAGGCUGUGAUUGCUGUACCCAUGGAAAUUUCGAUGAAUGCCUGUGAUUUAUGCCGCUGAAAUUGCGUGCUUUAGGUCCUUUUUUUUUGGUAACUAGGAGUUCACAUACAAUGCUCAACUGGUUCAGCUCUGAGAAAUCAUCAUAAGAAAUGAUGUGUACUUGUCCUCA